AUGAAGUUCAGCUCCCUCCUUCUCGCCGCCACGGCCUCGGUCAUGGUCGCAGCCACUCCUCUCGCGGCUCCCCAGGAUACCUCGACCAACUAUGCCAACGUCAACACCGUCUUCGCCCGCGCCGAGUGCAAGCAGUGCAGCGAUUGGUUCGAUAAGUGCAUGCGCUCCUGGUUCUGCUGGCUCAACCCUAAUGCCUGCGUUGUCACGUGCCGUCGUGAGAUGUGCAAGGCCAUCCAGGAGUGCCGUGACAAUUGCCCCGGUGAUUGUCCUCCUAAGGCUGCGGAGGCUGCUACCGAGGUUGUUCCUAUCGUGGUCGCUGAGCCCAAGGUUGAGGCCCGAGACGACUGCAAGAAGUGCGAUGACUUCUACAACAAGUGCCGUGGUUCUCCCUGGUGCUGGCUCAACCCGUACGGCUGCGACGUCUCUUGCCGCGCUGAUACGUGCCGCAAGAAUGGCGACGACUGCCACAACAAGUGCGGUUAUUCUUGCUAG